CCUACCAAUUAUUGCGACAAUUUUAAUGAGAGAAAUGCACCAUUAAACAUUUAUUUUAACGAACCGUAACAAAACGACCAAAGUUAAUUAAUUGCUCUACAUCAUAUACUACUCAUAACUUCGAACUUACAAACACUUAAACCUCAGUGAAUUCUUGCGACGCUCAAAACCACUCCAAUAAAUGCCCAGAAGAAAAUGCCAUUCAAACUCAUCAUCAGCCUGCUAUUAAUGACCCCCCACACCAGGAGCAAGACUCGGCGCAUCGUCGGCGGAGACUACACCAACAUCGAGGAAUUCCCACACUCAGUCUUCCUGAGAUUCCGGUGCCAGAUCAGCAACACCACCGACAGCUGGAUAUGCGGCGCCUCCGUCAUCAACCAAUGGCUGCUGCUCUCUGCCGCUCACUGUCUAGACGGCUGUGAAGCCAACCAUACCUACAUAACGGCCAAGCUUGGCCACACGGAUAGGGGCAAGAGCCAGACGCGUCUGGUCGCCAAACACAAGCUUCACGAGAAGUACAAUGAGAUGCACAUUUUGAACGACAUAUGCCUAUAUAAGCUGAAGGAGGAGUUGAAACUAGGACCUACGGUGAUGAGGGUGAUCCUGAUGAAGAACCCUCCAUACAAUGAGAAGGGGAUUGUAUCUGGGUGGGGGUUCGUUGAUGAUGUAAAUCAAGUAUCCACUUACAAGCUGAAGAAGCUGGGGAACCUCACAAUAUACUCCCGCGAGCAGUGCGCGCGCACGCUGGGCGGGCUGCCCGACGGCACCAUCUGCGCGCAGGUCGACGCACCGCCGCCGGGGGAGGAUCACUUUACUGCUCGUGGUGACUCCGGCAGUGCUCUCGUAGUGAGGAAGUACAUCCAGGUGGGGCUCAUCUCGUUUUGCAAUCUGAAGCGGUCCCGGACCAUGACCGUCUACUCCGACACCGGCUACCACUACCACUGGAUCAAGAACACGGCCAAACAUAUGCUGUGUACGUAG